CUGCAUCCCCCGAGUCUCCCCACACUUGUCUGAGUCUGUUUGUCUCUGGUGCUUCCAUGUCACUGUCACUGCCCCUCAUUGUCUCCUCCUGUCCACAGGCCCUGCCCCUGCCUCCCUCUCAUGAGGGUCCUGGACUCUGACUCCUGCCCUCCUCCCUCCCCACAGAGGCCGGACCAGGAGCUGACCUGGAGCUGGGGCCACAGGUCUAGGAGUGCCCUGGACAGGGCCAAGGCCAUGGCCCCACCACCACCACUAGCCGCCAGCACUCCACUCCUGCAUGGCGAGUUUGGCUCCUACCCAGCCCGCGGCCCCCGCUUUGCCCUUACUCUCACACCGCAGGCCCUACACAUACAGCGGCUGCGCCCAAAGCCUGAAGCCCGGCCCCGGGGUGGCCUGGUCCCGCUGGCUGAGGUCUCAGGCUGCUGCACUCUGCGGAGCAGCAGCCCCUCGGACCCAGCAGCCUACCUCUGCAUCUACACCUACCCAAGAGGCCGGCGCGGGGGCCGGCGCAGAGCCGCACGCACCUUUCGGGCCGACGGGGCGGCCACCUACGAGGAGAACCGCGCUGAGGCCCAGCGCUGGGCCACUGCCCUCACGUGUCUGCUCCGAGGACUGCCACUGCCUGGGGACGGGGAAAUCACCCCCGAGCUUCUGCCAAGGCCACCCCGAUUGCUCCUACUGAUCAAUCCCUUUGGGGGCCGGGGCCUGGCGUGGCAGUGGUGUAAGAACCACGUGCUGCCCAUGAUCUCUGAAGCUGGGCUGUCCUUCAACCUCAUCCAGACAGAACGGCAGAACCACGCCCGAGAGCUGGUCCAGGGGCUGAGGCUGAGCGAGUGGGAUGGCAUUGUCACAGUGUCGGGAGACGGGCUGCUGUAUGAGGUGCUGAACGGACUCCUAGAUCGCCCCGACUGGGAAGAGGCUGUGAAGACGCCCGUGGGCAUCCUUCCCUGUGGCUCCGGCAAUGCCUUGGCCGGAGCUGUGAACCAGCAUGGCGGGUUUGAGCCGGCCCUGGGCAUCGACCUGCUGCUCAACUGCUCACUGUUGCUCUGCCGGGGUGGCGGCCACCCGCUGGACCUGCUCUCUGUGACACUGGCCUCGGGCUCCCGCUGCUUCUCUUUCCUGGCUGUGGCCUGGGGCUUUGUGUCAGACGUGGACAUCCAGAGCGAGCGCUUCAGGGCCCUGGGCAGUGCCCGCUUCACGUUGGGCACGAUGCUGGGCCUGGCCACACUGCACACCUACCGCGGACGCCUCUCCUACCUCCCUGCCACUGUGGAAUCUGCCUCACCCACCCCUGCCCAGGGCCUGCCCCGAGCCAAGUCGGAGCUGACCCUGGCCCCAGCCCCAGCCCCACCCGUCGCCCACUCACCCCUGCAUCGUUCAGUGUCUGACCUGCCCCUGCCCCUGCCCCAGCCUGCCCUGACCUCCCCUAGCUCACCUGAGCCCCUGCCCAUCCUGUCUGUCAAUGGUGGGGGCCUGGAGUUGGCAGGGGACUGGGGUGGGGCUGGGGAUGCUCCAUUGUCCCCAGACCCACUAGUGCCCUCACCCCCUGGAUCUCCCAAGACAGCUCUACUCUCGCCCAUCACUGAGGGAGCCCCAGAAAUGCCAACAUCCUCUGGGCUCCCGCCUCCCACCCCUGAUGCCCCAGCAGCCAUCUCUACUGGGGGCCCGCCCGACCACCUGCUUCCUCCCCUGGGCACCCCACUACCCCCAGGCUGGGUGACGCUGGAGGGGGACUUUGUGCUCAUGUUGGCCAUCUCACCCAGCCACCUGGGGGCUGACAUGGUGGCAGCUCCCCACGCGCGCUUUGACGACGGCCUGGUGCACCUGUGCUGGGUGCGCAGUGGCAUCUCGCGGGCUGCGCUGCUGCGCGUUUUCCUGGCCAUGGAGCGCGGGAGCCAGUUCAGCCUGGGUUGUCCGCAGCUGGGCUAUGCCGCAGCCCGUGCCUUCCGCCUCGAGCCGCUCACACCUCGCGGCGUGCUCACGGUGGACGGGGAGCUGGUGGAGUACGGGCCGCUACAGGCGCAGGUGCACCCGGGCCUCGGUACGCUGCUCACUGGGCCUCCUGGCCGCCCGGGGCGGGAACCCUGAACCUAACCAAGCUUGGAGUCCGUCAGGGGCGGGCCCUACAUUCCAGGGGGCGGGGGCUGAGCCAGGGGGCGGGGCCUGGCUGCUAGAAUUAGGGCGGAGGGCCGCCGGCCCCGUCUCAGGAUUGCGCCCGCCCUCAGGGGACCAGAGGUGACGGUGGAGCUUGGCCCGAAUUCCAAGGGGUCGUCACGGUCACAGAUAAAAGUGCUCGCCCCAAUGUUAGUGCCUGACUAAUAAGGCCAGGGCCCACUCCAGAGCCCCGCGUCUGGCUCGUAGAAAGCCAGGUCGGCUGAGGGCGGGGCCUCUUACGCACCGUCCAAUGACGGGACCUGGAAUGCACGGGCUAGGGGAGGCCUUAGUACACUGGCCAGUCAGGGCCGGGUCUCGCCCUACACACUCCGGUGCCUCCACUUGACUGGCCAAUCCGCCCAGGAGGGGCAGGUUGCCCGGGACCUGCUCCCCGAUUUGCACUAAUGUUCCUCCCCCCGCGGAUGGGGGCGGGGAAAUUCACUUCCCUUGUCUUCUGUCUCCUGUGCGUCCACCGACCCCAAUCUUCAAAGCAGUUGAAAAGGUCUAUGCAAUAAAGGCCGUCGCUUCAUUCCUCUCA